AUGGCAAAGCUUCUUCUAAUACCCAUAAUCUCACUCUUACUAUGUUGUUCCAUCUCAAAAUGUUCGGCAACUGUCUACACUGUGGGCGACAACGGCGGUUGGGACAUCAGCACCGACCUCGAUUCUUGGAAACAAGGCAAGACAUUUGUCGUCGGUGACACUUUACUGUUCCAAUAUUCGAAGUACCAUUCCGUGAGCGAGGUGACAAAGGAAAACUACGAAGGGUGUAACACGGGCAACGUGCUACAAACGAGCAGCAACAGCAACACGUCUUUUGCACUGACGAGGCCAGGGGACAGGUACUUUGUUUGCGGCAACAGGUUGCACUGUCUCGGGGGAAUGAAACUUCACGUAAAUGUUGUCGGGAACCAGGCUUUGUCGCCUUUUGGGUCGCCUGUUGGGUCACCUGUUGGGUCGCCCGAGGCCCAGCCCGGGGGUGUUCUCCCGCCUGCUGGAUCUUCUAGCACUAGUAAUCCCAUCAGCUCGUCUUUUGUCAACACGAUUGGUGUGGAUCGGGUAUUAAUCGAGGGGUUUGUGGCAUCGUUGUCCGUGUUGUUUUGCGUCAUGUGA